AUGAAAUGUGAGGGUCUGGAGCACGUGCCUUGCAGACGGUGUCAAGCCACCAGGACCGAAUGCAUCUUCGAUCUGAUCGAAGCUCCAAAGCGCCAGCCGAAGCGUCAGAUCGAGGAUGACAUGUCCAGCUCCGAGAAAUUCAGGUCUCUUCAAGAUGAGAUUCGAGACCUGCGUGAAGCAGUCCAGUCGCUGAGCCGAGCCACGAACCACGCAGUUCCAGAGCUCAGCCUCAGAAGUCACGUCGACGUCGAGGAAACCCAUUUUCCCCCAGACGGCGCGGACGGAGAGCAUGGACGCCGAGUCCGACGACGGACAGAGUACUCUAGACGCCACUUCAGCUCAGAGGACACAGAUGAUCCAAGUCUCGGAACUACUGCAGCUGCGUCUGUGUCUGUGUCUCGGGGUAGUAAAAUGCGCGAGAGGGACAAAGACCAAGCUGCCACGCAGACCCAUGAGACCUUGACUCCAGGAUUUGCGUCGCUUGCUUCACCGAAGAGGCAGAGAUCUCCAGAAGACUUGAUCUCAAAAGGGCUGAUACCAGAAUCCCUUGCUCGAGAACUAUUUGAACGUUCAGUACCACUUACCAACGCAACUAGGUUCCAAGUUCGCUGUAACGUGUAUCUACCACUGUUCGACCCUCUCACCGAUACAUUCGAGUCGAUUCGAUCACGGUCGUCCUUCUGCUUCGCUGCAAUCCUGGCCAUCGCGGCUCGGCUGCCCAAUGCCAGCCAGUUCAAUGAACCGCGAGUCAUGGAACUGUGUCAAGGAGAAGCGCGUGCUCUCGCUGUCGAGACUUUGUUUGAUAGUACCCCGCGCGUGGAAACCGUCCAAGGCAUGAUCCUUCUGGCCGCCUAUUCACAGAGGUGCUGGCAUGCAGUUGGACACGCGGUAAGAUUGGCUCAGAGCAUACGUCUCGACGAGUCUCUGUCGAGGCUGAUGGUGCUGCUUCAAACCCCUUCCGAACCGCCCACUGGCAUCGGUCUACAUACACAUACGGACGGUCGAGUCAUGGCUGAACGGAUCAAUCUGAUGCGACAAGUCAGAGUCUGGGUGACAAUGGCUCAUUUGGAACAAGAGAUUGCUUCCGGCAGUGGCAAGCAAUCCCUCAUCGAGCCGGACGAGGUAUUGAACGUGAACGUCAGGCAACUGAUCCAAGACCCCUUCUAUCCACGGCCUGACGUACACAUCCUUGCAGCGAUAGAACUUCUCCGACAUCGUGGUGAGCAUUUGAAAAUUCUCGGCGAGGUCCGGAUUCAGGGUCAGAUUCUGACUUUUGAUUUUGGCAGAUGA